AUGGCCGGUCUGAACGGGUCCCUCUGCUUCUUCUUCGCCACCUUCGCCCUCUGCCAGGCGGCCAGGAGGGCAUCCGAGGCCCUGCUCCCGGCAGGCGCUUUCCGCUUCGCCCGGGAGGCGGCGGGUGCGGCCCAGCUGGGGACCUGCUGCCUGGAGACGCGGAUGCUGUUGGAGAUCGGGCCCUGGGCCGGGGGCUUCGGCCCGGACCUGCUGCUGACCCUGCUCUUCCUGCUCUUCCUGGUACACAGGGCGACCCGCGAUGGGGCCUCGGCCAACCCCACCGUGUCGCUGCAAGAGCUCCUCCUGGCCGAGGCCUCUCUGCCCGCCACGCUGCUGAAGCUGGCGGCCCAGGGGCUGGGCAUGCAGGUGGCCUGCACCCUGACCCGGCUCUACUGGGCCUGGGAGCUCAACGACCUGCAUGUCCUCAAGAACCUCAUGGCCGAGCGCUACAGCUCUGCCCUGUGCACGACAGUCCCCCACGGUGCGCUGGUGGAAUGUGCCUGCACCUUCUUCUUCCAUCUGACCCUCCUGCGCUUCCAGAACAGUCUUUCCUUCUACAGGGUGCCAGCCGUGGCCCUGCUGGUCACUAUCAUGGCCUACACAGCUGGGCCCUUCAUGUCUGCCUUCUUCAACCCCGCCCUGGCUGCCUCCGUCACCUUCCACUGCUCGGGGCACACCUUGCUGGAGUACGCCCAAGUGUACUGGCUGGGCCCUCUGACAGGGAUGGUCCUGGCUGUCUUGCUGUAUCAUGGCCAGCUUCCUUGUCUUUUCCAGAGGAACCUGUUCUACAGUCAGAAGAAUAAGUAUCAAACCCUCAGAGGGAAGCCGGCCCCAGGGCCUACAGACACCCAGAUGCCUCCAGAGGAGUGCAGAGGCCGGGAGCCUGGGUGA